CACCACCAGCUCAACGGCGAGCAGCUGUGACACGGAUUUCUCCAAAGACGACGAGCAGCGUCUGAAGGACUACAUGCAGCAGCUGAAGAACGACCGGGCGGCUGUCAAGCUGACCAUGCUGGAGCUGGAGAGCGUCCACAUCGACCCGCUGAGCUGCGACGUCAAACCCCGCGGAGACUCGCAGAGACUCGACCUGGAGAACGCCGACUCUGAUUCUCCAGCGAUCAGUCUGUGUGAUCUGAGGAGUCUGAGCGACAGCGACCUCGCGGCGGAGCUCACCAGUGCCCUCAGGAGAGAGAAGAAGCUGAAGGGUCGUGUUCAGGAGUUGGUGGCGGCGUUAGAAAGACUGACUAAGAGCAGUGAAGUCAGACAUCAGCAGUCGGCGGAGUUCGUUAACGACCUGAAACGAGCAAACAGUAAUCUGGUGGCGGCGUACGAGAAAGCCAAGAAGAAGCACCAGAACAAGCUGAAGAAGCUGGAGUCUCAGAUGAUGGCGAUGGUGGAGCGGCACGAGACGCAGGUGCGGAUGCUGAAACAGCGCAUCGCUCUUCUGGAGGAGGAGACGUCUCGACCGCACACCAGCGAGACCUCGCUCUGAACUCGUGAAAACUCACGAAAACUCACGAACACGAGAGACGUGUGUGACACACCAAACCCUCCAGACAUCACCGUCUCAGCAAAAACACACAAAAGUCAUCAUUCUGUCAUCUCUUCUGAGGAACAUGAAAGAAGACGUUUCUCGGGAUGUUCACGCUGCUCUUUUACACAACAGCGACUGUCCAGAAACAAAAAGCAUCAUAAGCCUCAGACGUGCUCGUUUUGUCAAGUAGAAGACGGUGUUUAUUUUAUACUCUUCAGUUUUUCCAAUUUAUGAGGUUCACAGUUUUUAUGCUUUUACUAGUCAAACCGGUAAUUAUGAUGAACGGCAAAAAUCCUCAUAAUUAUUCGUAAUCUCAGAAUGAGUACAGCAGCACUAACUUAAAGAGACAAACUCGUCGCUGGUUUAGUUUAAGAAUUAUAUUUCAUAAUCAUACAGUCUAGAGAAAUAGAGUUUUGAGCAAUAAAUGAGAUUAAACUCUCAGGCCUCACAGAACUAGUUAAGCCUCCGAUGAAAAUUCUGUCAUCAUUUACCCAGUUUCCUAACAUCUGGUAAUCUGUGCUGGGUUUAUGAUCCAUAAUCAGAUUUAUGAACUGUAAAUACAGAUUGCAGACAAAUGAAGGCCGCAAAUGAUCAAUAUGAGAUGAAUUAUGAAUUAUUGAUUUGUUAAAACACCACUUAGACAACUUAUAUUGGCUCAUGAGAUGUUAAACAUCUAUAUAUUAUUUUAUCUGUAAAGUCACUUUACA